AGACCUGCACCCAGUCAGAGCAGCACAGAUGUGCAGGAGGAGACCAUUUCCACGGGCCCUGCGACUCCUAGGAGGCAGUCCCUUAGGCACUGGCCCUAACAGCAAAUGAGAAGCCAAGUUCUCUGCUUUCUGCAGACAGGGUCUCCCCUGGAUGGGGUCUUCCUCUAAGGUGAGCUUCAGAUCUGCUCAAGCUUCCUGCAGUGGGACCAGGAGGCAGGGCCUGGGCAGGGGAGACCAGAACCUCUCGGUGAUGCUUCCGAAUGGCAGGGCUCAGACACACACACUGGGCUGGGUUUCGGGUCUCUUAGUUUUGGGUGCCCAAGUUCACGGAGGGUGCCGGGGAAUAGAAGCUCCGUCAGUUUCGUCUGGAUCUUGGUCCUCAGCAACUGUCUGGUGCCUGACAGUGCAGUAAGAGCUUGCCUGGCCUGUGUGCAGAGCUGCCUCAUCCUGAAAUUCUGGGAGUUGAAAGCCCCCAGGGUAACCCUUAACCAAUGGAGGAAAAGCAUUGGUGUGUAAAUCCCCCAGCUUCCCUGGGUGGGCUGCGGCUGAGCCAUAUUCUACAUGACACUUCUGAGGAUCCCCAGUGGGCAUGACCUCAAUCGCCCACAUUGGAUGCCACAACCUGCACUGGCUUUCUCCCUUCCCUGUGUGUUUCUCUCUGCACUUCCUCCCUUGUGCCUUCUAGAUUCACCUUCCAGAUAAAUGAUGUGCACCCAGG